UAUAAUUAUGUAAUUGAAAAUAAAGAGAGAAGAUUGUUUAUGUCAUUUUAAAACUUGAUUUAAGUAUAUAGAUAUGUAUUUUAUCUAUAUUUAUUUGAGUUAAAAAACAUUGGUCUAAAAAUUGGAGGAUAUAAAAGCAGUUUGUAACCUUCUUAACUCGUAUCGCACUGAUAUAUGUAUUGUGACAAUACAAAAAACAUUGCAUGAGUUUAAUAUAAUAACUGAGCCUGUAAACGUUAGUAUGAAGCGGUGCAGAUAACCUUCACAAGUAAUAUAAUACUUCAAAGCAAAUAUUGAUAAGUUGUAAAACGCAUGUCAUCGUUAGAUUUUUUCUUUUUCGUGUAUAUGAGUUCCUUUCAAUCCAGAUUCAGUUUAGAUGAUGAUGAUUAUGGCGGACAAUACUAAAAUUGUAUACGCCGCAGGUUCUGCCUUUGUAGUGGGAAUUCUAUCCUAUUAUGGGAUUUUGUGCGCAACUAUUUUAGCUGUGAUCGUAGGCGUGAGUGUUUAUAAAGUUAGAAGUUUGUUGGAGAUUCCCGAAGUACCGAAACUGGAAGAAAAGUGGUGGGGACCCAGGGAUCCGAAGCAAGAGGAUACAUCGAUAGAAGAAUUCAAAAUUCAAGUUUCAGAUGAUACUCUAAACGAUUUGAAAGAUCGAUUGGAAAGAACCAGACAAUUUACUCCAUCAUUAGAAAAAACCACGCAGGAAUAUGGUAUUAAUGCGAACCUCGUUAAGGACAUUGUCCAGUUUUGGAAAAACGGAUACAAUUGGAAAGAACGUGAGAUUUUCCUCAACCAGUAUUCCCAUUACAAAGUCAGCAUACAAGGAUUAAAAAUCCAUUAUGUUCAUGUUAAACCUACGAACACCGAAGGAAAGAAAGUCCUCCCUUUGAUGCUUGUUCAUGGAUGGCCUGGUUCAAUUAGAGAAUUUUACGGAAUAAUUCCCUUACUGACCACUCCACAAGACAACAGAGAUUUUGUAUUUGAAUUAAUUAUUCCUUCACUGCCUGGAUUUGGGUUUUCCGAGGCAACAUCAAAACCUGGUUUAGGUCCAACACAAAUGGCAGUAGUCUUGAAAAAUCUGAUGAAACGAGUGGGAUUCAAUAGAUUUUACAUACAAGGCGGUGACUGGGGAUCUGUGAUUGUCCAAAGUAUGGCCAUACUCUUUCCAGAAAAUGUUAUCGGCGUACAUUCUAAUAUGCCUUUCUCCACUACACUCAGAGCAAAAUUUUUGAUAAUGUUGGGUAUGAUUUUUCCAAAGCUUGUUGUUGAGGAUAAGUAUAGAAGCAGAAUGUAUCCAUUAAAAUAUAAUUAUGAAGAGACUGGUUAUCAGCACAUUCAAGGAACUAAGCCUGACACAGUAGGUUUUGGACUAACCGAUAGUCCCGCGGGAUUAGCAGCUUAUAUUUUGGAGAAAUUUUCAACUUGGACUCAUCCUGAUAUGAACAAACGUGAGGAGGCGGGAUUAAAAGAUAAAUUUACCUAUACCGAUCUCCUGGAUAACAUAAUGAUUUAUUGGAUUAACGGAAACAUAACAUCUUCCAUGAGAAUUUACAAAGAAUACUUUAGUGCAGUCAUUCCAGGAUUCAAUAAAUUACCGAUUACUGUUCCAAGUGGAGUAGCUAGAUAUUCUCAAGAAAUAAUGCAUCAUCCAGAUUUUGUUCUCAAGGAUAAAUGGCCAAAUAUAGUUCACUCUUCGGACUUGGACGGGGGGCACUUUGCAGCUUUUGAGAAUCCCGAACUUUUGUCUAAAGAGAUAUGCGAAUUCGUAGCCAAAGCAGAAGUUUGCAAAAAGAAACUUGAUUGAAUUAUUCACUUAUAAAUAAUACAGAACAAAAUAAAUUAUAGUUUACUGAGUUUAUAUAAGUAUUGAACUUCCUAUUUUAUUGAAUGAUCAAGUUAACAGUAAUAUAUGUCAAACAGAUUGUAUCAAUCUAA